CGCCCUUCAUCCCUUCACCCAGGCGGGCCGCGGGUCGCUAUACUCCCUGAAGGCCACCCUGGAGGAGAUGCCCUGCAACGACCCUACGGUGUGCCAGCUCCCUGUGUCCAAGAAAACAUUGCUCUGCACCUUCGAAAUCCUCAAUGAGCUAGGGAAGCACGUGCUGCUGAGGCAGGACUGUGGCCCAGUGGAUACCAAGAUCACAGAUGACAAAAACGGGACUUUGAGUUCAGUCCUUCCACUGUUGAACAACCCCCUGUCUCAGGACUUCACUGUCAAGAUGGCCUCCAUCUUCAAGGAGUUUGUUGUCACCUACAACCGGACAUAUGAGACGAAGGAGGAGGCCCAGUGGCGCAUGUCCAUCUUCAUCAAUAACUUGGUGCGGGCGCAGAAGAUCCAGGCCCUGGACCGCGGCACAGCUCAGUAUGGGAUCACCAGGUUCAGUGACCUCACAGAGGAGGAAUUCCGCACCAUCUACCUGAAUCCGCUCCUGAAGGACAAUGCAGGCCAGAAGAUGCGCCGAGCACAGUCUGUUACUGAUCCCGCCCCCCCUGAGUGGGACUGGAGGGAGAAGGGGGCUGUCACCAAAGUCAAGGACCAGGGCAUGUGCGGCUCCUGCUGGGCCUUCUCGGUCACAGGCAACGUGGAGGGCCAGUGGUUCCUGAAAGCGGGAGACCUGCUCUCCCUCUCCGAGCAGGAGCUCUUGGACUGUGACAAAGUGGACAAGGCCUGUCUGGGCGGCUUGCCCUCCAACGCCUACUCGGCCAUAAAGAUCCUGGGGGGGCUGGAGACGGAAGACGACUACAGCUACCAGGGCCACUUGCAGAGCUGCAGCUUCUCUGCAGAGAAGGCCAAGGUCUACAUUAAUGACUCGGUGGAGCUGAGCCAGAAUGAGCAGAAGAUGGCAGCCUGGCUGGCCAAGAAGGGCCCCAUCUCGGUUGCCAUCAAUGCCUUCGGCAUGCAGUUCUACCGCCACGGGAUCGCCCACCCCCUGCGGCCCCUCUGCAGCCCUUGGCUCAUCGACCACGCGGUGCUGCUCGUGGGCUACGGCAACCGCUCGGCCGUCCCCUUCUGGGCCAUCAAGAACAGCUGGGGUGCUAACUGGGGCGAGCAGGGUUACUACUACCUGCAUCGGGGAUCUGGGGCCUGUGGCGUAAACACCAUGGCCAGCUCGGCAGUGGUGGAUUGAGGGCACCGCGUGGGACC